ACUUGGCUCGUUACGCUGAAGAUGUCACCAUAAGAGUAAAAGAGUUAUGUCUUGUACUCAUAGCAGAAGGAUUAAUAUCGCGAAGAAGAGGGUCUGUGGAAACUUUGGAGGAAAUGGCAUAUGAUUGGUUGUGUGAGUUGGUUGAGAGGAGUAUGAUUCAGGUCAAAGAAAUGAGUUCAACAAGAAAAAGGAUAAAAUCAUUUUGCAUUCAUGAUCUCAUGCGUGAUGUGUGCCUGUCUAAAGCUCAAGAAGAAAACUUCCUACGUUUUAUAGAUUGGCGAAAUAGAAGGGAAGAGCCAACAGAAACAAAGGUACGAAGAGUUUCCAUCUAUGAUAGUGAAAGUACUAAUUGUAGUGAUUUUAUUCAUAUGGUUGAUAAAAAAGAUGGCUCUCUCAGAUGCCUUGCUGUAGAUGGAGGAAUUGAGUAUAAUUAUAAAAGAGUAUUGAGACAUGCAUGCAAUCACUUUUUGAAGCUUAGAGUUUUGAUUAUUGGUCAUCAGCCUGUGGAUACCUAUUCUUUGAAGUUGCCUAAAGAAAUUGGGAAUCUGAUCCAUCUAAGGUUAUUGAGUAUUCCUAGUUGGCGUAUUAAAGAGAUUCCAUCUUCUUUUGGCAAUUUAAGAUGCCUGCAGACUUUGAGAGUUUGGAGCUCGAGUGAUAUCAUAAUACCAAGUUCAAUGUGCAAGUUGGAGCAACUGAGGCAUCUACAAUUUCUUAGUUACAUAAAAUUUGGUAAAUUCUUGAGGUCAACUAAGUCUAGAAAUUUACAAACAUUGGUAGGUAUUGGUACCAAGGAUCUUCUACUGAGUGAUCUUCUACAGUUGGAGAGUCUCAAGAAAUUAGGAAUUUGUGUGAAUGGAAAUUUUGAGACAUUCUUACACAAUCCCCAGUCUCUCAUAUUCACUCAUCUUCUGUCUUUACAAAUGACUAAUCGUUUUGGCACCGAGAUAGAUAUUGUUCCUUUGAUAUUAAGCUGUCCUCACAUUUAUAAGCUUAGUGUGAAAUCUCCUAUAUUAAGGUUACCACAAGUCAACCAAUUCUCUCCAAAUCUCAUCAAGUUAACGUUGGUAGAUCUCGAACUUGAGGAUGAUCCAAUGCCAACAUUAGAAAAGCUACCAAAAUUAAGAGUCCUUGAGAUUUCCUAUGAUAGUUUUAGAGGGGAUGAGAUGGUGUGCUCAAGAGGAGGUUUCCCUCGACUUGAAUCUCUUCAGCUUUGUGGUCUAGAUUACUUGAAAGAGUGGAAAGUGGAGGAGAGUGCAUUGCCUACACUUGCCUAUUUAAGUAUUGAUUAUUGUAAGAGAUUGAGGAGAGUUCCAGAUGGAGUAAGAAACAUUGUUACACUCAAUGAGAUAAAGAUAAUUGAUAUGCCUAAGAAAUUCAAAGAAAGGAUGGAGGAAGGAGGAGACGAUUUCCACAAAGUCAACCACGUGCCAUCACGUGUAUUCAUGGAAUGUGAUAAAGAUUCUGAAGUGAUAUGAAUUAAAGUGGGAGAAUGUCAUAUCAAGAUUUGGAGGAUGUGUUGCCACUGCCAAUUACCAAUGUCUGUUGAUUCAAUAAUUAAUAUUUGGAAUAUAAUGUAUAAUAUUCGAAUUGUGUUGUUGUUUUAAUUCUUAAAUGGGUGUCCACACAUUUGGUACCCUGUAUUUUAUCUAAAUACAAGUUUGCUACCAUGUAUUUUUAAUAGGGAUUAUUUCAUAAAUAUACAAAAACAAUAAAAAAAAAUUACAAAAAUUUAGUUUUAC